CCGGGCUCGUGUGUGUGUGUUCUACUCGACUACACAAAUGGAGAGGAAAAGUGAUGCCAGUGGCAUUGCGAAGAAUGUCGCUUGAUCCAGCUGAGAAUCAACCGCUUUAGUAACAAUAACAGCUAAUUGUUAUCUGCUAUUGACAAUUGCCCCGGGCAUUCACGGCUAGUGGAAGGACAUACGACGGGCGUCCUGCGGCCGCUCCUGAGGCCGAUGGCCGCGGCGUGCCUUCGGAAUUCUGCAUCAUUGGGGGGUGUGCUGUUCCAAGACUGCUCUUCUGCUGCCCUGAAAGCAUCCCACCAAAGCCCUUUCUCACUCACCCCUCUUAGAGUGAUUGGAACCGCCGCACCCUUGGCCCCUUCUUCGAUUGCACCCUUCCAGUUGAUCUCUGCUAGAGCUAAUUUUCAACCAAAGAUCAAGCUAGGAUUUGGGAGGAUGGAGCCACAGAAAGCAGACCAGCUUGCUGCACCGCAAGCAGUGGGGAAUGCAGGGGCUGUAGCGGAGGAGAAGGUCGCUGACGUCAUCGACGGCAAGGCGAUCGCUGCGCAGCUGAGGAAGGAGAUUGGACAGGGUGUGGAAAGCUUGAAGGCGGAGACAGGGAAGGUGCCUGGGCUGGCGGUGGUUCUGGUGGGGUCACGAAAAGAUUCACAAACGUACGUGCGGAGCAAGAAGAAGGCGUGCGUGGAGGUCGGGAUCAAGUCCUUUGAUGCGGACCUGCCGGAGGACGUCUCUGAAGACGAGCUCCUAAAGAUCGUGACCGACUUCAAUGCCAACCCCGAAGUCCACGGCAUCCUGAUCCAGCUCCCCCUCCCCUCCCACAUCAACGAGCAGCGCAUCCUAAGCGCCGUCUCCGUCGAGAAGGACGUCGACGGCUUCCACCCUGUCAACGUUGGCACGCUCGCAAUGCAGCAGAGGGAUCCCUUGUUUGUGGCGUGCACGCCGGCCGGGUGCAUCGAGCUGCUGCAACGGACGGGGGUGCAGAUUGCGGGGAAGUAUGCGGUGGUUCUGGGGCGGAGCAAGACGGUCGGCAUGCCUGCGGCGCUGCUUUUACAGAAACUAAACGCCACAGUGACCGUUGUCCACUCCCGAACCCCGAACCCUGCGGAGCAUACUCGGCGCGCUGACAUCGUGAUUGCGGCAAUUGGCAAGGCGGAGUUCGUAAAGGCGGACUGGCUGAAGCCGGGGGCGGUUGUCAUCGAUGUCGGCAUCAACGCUGUUGACGAUCCAAGCGACAAGAGGGGCUACCGGCUAGUGGGCGAUGUCGAUUACAAGGAGGCGCGGAAAGUAGCAGGAGCAAUCACGCCAGUUCCUGGAGGCGUAGGGCCAAUGACAAUUGCAGUCUUGCUUCAAAACACGCUCAAAUCCGCAAAAAGAACACUCCAAGCUUCAAGCAGCAGCUAGGAUUUGUUUUGCAGCCAACAUGUAGCAUAUUUUUGUCCAGCGCGACGCUUGAAGCUUGAAAUUCACUUUGCGACAUUGAUGUAGAAGCUUACCAGAUCUCCCCAAAACUUUGAUGGAGAAACGAUGCGACUGAGUCAGGUUGCCAGAGGUCAACGCAUCCGAAGCAAAGCUGCAUGACGAGAACUCACACUCUGUUAUAGUUGAGCGCAUGUCACGGUGAGGACCCUCAAUGUACAAUUGUAUUAAAGCCGAU